AUUUCUGAAUAUAGGCCAUGCUAGUGAGUGCAUCAUUUGCAGCACUCCAGAAGAAGGCAGUAAACCCUCAUUGGUUCCCAGGGAGAUUCUUAGUCCUGUUGCUGAUGAAAAUGGCUCCACCUCUCGAAAAGCAUUGUCUAGGGUCUUCGCUGUGGCAAACAUGAGCUCAAACAGUCUAGUCUCCAAAGCAGUCAAACUCAGUUGGAAGUGCAAACAGUGUCGACAUUAUAAUUCGGCACAUAGUUCAACAUGCUCAUCAUGCAUCAAACUGAUCGGUAGUAGUGGCAACACCAAUGUAGGAUAUGGUAGCCAUAUUGACAAUGCCAUUACUCCUGUGGAGGAAGUAGAGGGCUCAUUAAUGGUAGAAAACACACUUUAUUUUUUGGGGAAUAAUGCCUCUGCAUUAACUUCACCAGAAACAGAAUGUAAUCGGUCACCGAAGAGACAAAUUUCUGUUGCUCAUGGACAAGUACGAUCAAAAUUGAGCAGAUCGGAAGAUAAGCCUUUAUGUGUACAAGUUCCAGAAAAAGAUCACAAAGAAGACUGUGAUUUAGUUGUAGAGCUAGAUAGUAAGAAAAUUUAUGAUGUUGAAAAUAAUAACAGUGAGGAAAUAGAGACUUGGGAAUGCAAGAGAUGCACUUUAAAAAACUUAAUAGAUUUUGAGUAUUGUGAAGUUUGUGAGGCUCCAAGAAAGCCAAACAUCCCAACAACAUUACCAAAGAAAAACAAAAAUAUAUCCAGUGUACCAGUCAGUGAUAUAAGAAAUGGAAAUGAUGAUGCUGCUGCUAGUCAGAAGGCUGAUUUUAAGCUUCAGUCAGGAAUCUCCCAGCUUCCCCUCAGGAAAUCAAUAAAUAACCCUUCAAGUUUGAAUGUUGCAGACUCACUUGUCAAGUUUGUUGCUAGUAGGUUGUCAUCACCUUCAGAGGGUAGUAUGUCUGGACCAGCGAAUGUUGUGCAGGAUACUAAACCAGACAACACUCCAGCAGGGGUAUCAUCACAGGUGGUUGACCUGACUCGGACAACUAGUCAGGAAGAAUACACUCUUGAUGAGUCUGAUAUGUGGUCUUGUAGCUUCUGCUCAUUUGCUUAUAAUCCUUCAUGGUCAGAAACGUGUGAUGUUUGCAGUGGAAUGAGGGAUCAGGAAGUAAAUCCCAAAACUAGAGAAGUUUUAAAUCAGGGUUUAGAUGAAGAUUUUCAGUUACUUACCACAGAUUUAACUGAGGAGGGUGAUUCACCAGAUCAGAGUUGGACUUGCAUAAAGUGUACCUUAGUAAAUCCUGGUGUUGAGAAUGCAUGUAAAGUGUGUGGUGGCUCAAGGUUGAAAAGUAUUUGCUAUGUAGAUGAUGCCACUUUAAAAAGAGGAGAAUUUUGGACCUGUGUGGUUUGUACUUUAAAGAAUCCCAUUUUUGCCCGACGCUGUAAAGCCUGUAAGGCUAAAGUUGAUGGAACUGGUGGGACAAGAGAUAAACUUAGUUCAAAUGUUGAAUCCAAGUCAAAGGAUUCUCGACCAAAGUCGGAACAUAUCAGCAGUUUAAAUUGGAAUAUGGGUGCCCAAAAAUCUCCUAGCCUACAAAGGAUGAGUUUAAUGGAUACUGCUAAUCCUGGUGGUGUCAAUACAGUCACACAAACUGAUAAUCAAAAUGGUGCUCAUUGUAAUGAUAUAUCUAGUCGAGGUAAUGGAGCAAUACCAAAGUCGAACAUUGUUGCUGGUUGUCAGGGAUCUGGUAGUUCUCAGACAUCAAGAUCUCCAUCAUCAACACCAGGGUCCCCAGUUGACCAACCAAGGGAGCUUGUGGUGUCUUCUACCUCGUCGUGGAACUGUAGUGCUUGUACAUUUAAUAAUAGUGCUAGUUCUGUGUCAUGUGCUAUGUGUGGCUCAUCGCCAACCCUGGGAGAUGUCCAGGUCAGCUGGCCUGGAAAUAGAACUUACCGUGGACAGUCUGAACUCAUGGAUGUCUUAAGAGAAAUGGAAGAACAUGAAGCCUUGAAUAAAUGGACGAGAAUUGUUCAGUACUGCAAAGUG